UAGUAGUACAUCAAUAUCGUUCCAGCCGCUUAUCGGUACGCUCGUCCGUUGCUACUGCGCCGUCCUCUACCCAACGUUAUUCUUUUUCAAAGAAUUUUUCGUUAAUUAUUACUGUCGAUUUUGUUUCGAUACUUCCAUUUUAAUACAAUUAAUUAUUUUUCUCGUCACUUUUUUUUAUUCACGCAGACGUGCGCUCAAUCUUACGUCCAACGUCUUGGCAAAACCGCCGUAGUUACUGUGAUAAUAAUUAUCCCAAGACCGAAGAAUUCGAUUCGAUUUCAUUCGCUGGUCGUCCAGCUGCAGAAUACAUCACCGUACACGUGCUUGUUUGAUGUUUGACAAGCGGCUGGUGUCUAACGUGCAUCCGUUCAUCCGGCGGAUGAACAUCGUCAAGACCAAAAAUUUCGUUAUUGCCGUGGCCGUCCGCUUGUACAAAGUGGUCACCAGCAAGAUGGGUGUCAACGGUGCUGACAAACAGGGUCUUGCCCAAUACAACGAUAUGUUUGAAAUGGCGACCAGACUUUGCAGGAGUUACUUACCCGGAUCCUGGAAGAAGAUAACAUCUAAGGAUAUAUCCGUGAAACGUAUUAGUGGUGGAUUGAGUAAUUGGCUGUAUCAGGUUACAUUACUUAAAGGUAAUGCUGAUCCUCGCGAUGUGUUGAUGAGGUUAUAUGGCCAAACGCACGGCGAGAAUGCUAUUGAAAAUAUAAUCACCGAGUCUGUGAUAUUCACAUUGUUGUCGGAGCGUGGUUUAGGGCCUAAGUUGCAUGGAAUAUUUCCUGGAGGCCGUCUUGAAGAAUACAUUCCGGCUCGGUCAAUGAAAUCUGAAGAGUUAAGCGAUCCAAAAUUAAGCCUUAUGAUUGCAGAAAAAAUGGCUGAAUUACAUCAGCUCAACAUUCCAAUCAAUAAAGAYUCUACAUGGUUAUGGGAUACCAUGGAUAGAUGGUUACAACAGCCAAUUAAAGAUGUUAAUUGGUUAAGUGAAAACAUGGAGCUCGGUCAGAUACUAUCUACAAAUCUCAGCGAUGAAACUCGUUGGCUUAAAAAACACUUGUCUAAGCUGAGGUCACCUGUUGUAUUCUGCCACAAUGAUCUGCAAGAGGGUAAUAUUUUAAUGAAGGAAAAUGACCCCUCUGGAUGUCGAUCAUUAUGCCUUAUUGACUAUGAAUACUGUGCCUACAAUUAUCGUGGUUUUGAUAUAGCUAACCACUUUGUAGAAUGGACUUAUGAUUACACAAAUCCCAUUUAUCCACAUUACACAGUUAACCGAGAAUUGUUUCCAACAAAAGACCAACAAAUUGAGUUCUUGAAGCGAUAUUCUCAUUGUAUGGAAAAUGAAGAAUCAAUAGAAUUGAUACUAAAUGAAGUAAAUCACUUUAUUUUGGCAUCACAUUUGUUUUGGGGUAUAUGGAGUAUUGUCAAUAGUCGAAUGUCAAAAAUUACGUUUGGAUACAGGGAAUAUGCAAUGGAACGACUCAAAUCAUAUUUUAAGCUCAAAGAAAGUUUAAUAAAUAAUAAAUAGCAUGUAACACAGAAAUACUUUGAGUACUUAUGAAAGAAAUAGGUUAAUCGUAGACAAAUAUGUUUCAAUAUUCUGGUGAAGACUGAUUUAUAUUUCAAAAGUUUGGUCCUUAAUUUUAUUUGUCUAAUUAUUUUGUCAUGUUCACUCACAUAAUUUUUAUUUAAUUGUUCUUAAACUUGUUAUGAGCUUCUUUUAUACACCAAUGUUAUAUUAAAAAAUAUAAUAAUAGUUUUUAUUUUUGACUAAUAAUUAAGACCAGUAUCUAUUGAUUUUCAUAUUGUUCAACAUAUUUUGUAAAAUUAAUGAAAACCAAUUGUUCUUUAUUCUGGUGCUAAGUACUCAUAUUCUGAUAAAUAGUAAUCAUUAUACAUUUGUGAAGUUACAAAUUGUAUAAUGUGAAGAAAAAAAACUAAAUUAUAAGUUGUGCAAUAAUUAUUAUUAUUAUAUCAAGAACAUGUUCAUUAUUGUACUUAAACAAAUUUAAAUAUUAUAACUAUGAAGUCCAUCCUGUACUUUUUAUAUAUUGCUAUCGUGUGUCCUAUUAGCUGUUAUUAUAUGUAAUUUAAAUGUGAUUUACUUUUUUUUUUUUUUUAACUAAAAGGCUUUUUACUGUGUAUUUAUGUCUGUUUAGAUCUUUAGGAAUUUUCUGUUUCAUUUUGAUUGGGUACAUUAUCCUGUAGUAUUUAUUUGUUAGUAGUCAUUUUUUGUGAUGGUUUAUUAUCUAACUUAUUAAUGAGAGAGAACCAAAUAUUAUGUUAUUUUUAAGGAAUAAUGAAUGGCUUUGUAAAUUAUUAUUAAGGAUAUUAAAUUUGA